AUGAACCCAUCUGAAAAAAAGAUUUUUCGCGUACGAGUUCAGAAAGAAACAAUUGAAGCCUUCACAGGACUCAGUUAUAUGCAUGAGAAGACCAAAAAAGUUGUUAAACUUGACGGCCCCAGUAUAGCUGCUGAAGUGAGAAAAGCUAAAUUCUAUCAAGAUGCAUCCGUUUUGGUCAGAGAAAGAGUGACCGAAAAACAAGAGAAGUCAUAUAUCGAAGUAGUUGAGGGCGAUUGCCUUCUUGAAGCUUUAAGGUUAAAAAAACAGGGCUUUAAUCCAGUGGUUUUAAACAUGGCCUCGGCCACAAGUGUAGGGGGCGGAUAUAAAUCGGGCGCGGGAGCUCAAGAAGAAAAUUUAUUUCGCCGAACGAAUCUUUUCCAAUACCAUGAGCCAAACAAGUCUGAAUGGUAUCCAAUUCCCGAAUUUGGUGGUGCAUAUUGUCCAAAUGCGACCGUUGUGAGAUCAAGCGAGCCUGAAAAUUACGCUUUUUUGGAAGUUCCUGAGACGAUGUCUUUUGUUGCAGUAGCAGCCUUACGUAGGCCAAAAGUUAUAAGGGAUAAUUCUGGAGAAUAUACAAUAACUCCUGACGCAAAUAACAAAACACGCCAUAAGAUUCGAGCGAUAUUGAACAUAGGAUUAGAUAAUGGUCAUGACGCAAUUGUUCUUAGCGCCUUUGGAUGUGGCGCCUAUAAAAACCCACCGAAAACAAUAGCUCGACUCUUUUACGAGGUCAUUUUGACAGAAUAUGCUGGAGGUGAUAAGGAUAUGCCACGUACCUAUAAACAUAUUUCCUUUGCCAUAAUCGAUGACCACAACUCUAAAAAAAAACAUAACCCGGAGGGAAACCUCUACCCUUUUCGAAUGAUAUUCGGCAAUGGUGGAUCAUUAAAUGCACAAGGGGAUAAUUCUGCACUAUCUCCACUCCGAUUUUUUUCGAAUAAUCGUAAAAAAGAGGGUCGCAAAAACAAUGAUAGACCUAAAGAUGAAUCCUGCGAACAAAAAAAGCGAAAAAGUAGCAACCACCAAAGAUCAUCUCAUUUUCAAUCAUCAAAACAACAAUCUACUUUGGAUGAGGCAUGGAAACAUGAGCCAUCCCGGAGGCCCGAUGAUCCAAUCAAUGAGUCGUCAGAAAAGAUACAUCCAGAGGAUAACGGUGGUUCCAACGAAGGUAAUGGGGCUGUUGAAACGAAAGGUGAAGAGGAUAUAAAUGCUGAUAAUGACAUGCUUAUGGGGUAA